AUGUGGCCUGUACUUCCAAAUGGAGAAUUAAACCAGGCUUUUGACUGGCCCAUUGAAGGUCUGCUGAUUCCAAACAGCCCUCCACUAAAGAAGCCGGCUGGUAGGAAGCCAGAGAUCAACAUGCCUUUGAGACUGAAGGUUUUGAGAAAUGGCGACCCAGAUAGAAACAAGGCCCUCUCUGUUCUUGGACUUGAUUCUGCAUUUGUGAUAAGAAAACAGUGUACCACAGCACUGAAUUUGCCCUUUGCUGCAAGGAGGUUGUUCACUGAAAAAGGAGUGGAACUCUUUGUUUUGAAAGACUUGGAGAAGGGUCAGCUGCUUUACAUAUCAUGUGGAGAGCAAUGGAUUGAUCCUCUGUGGACUACAGCUCAGCAUAAGAAACGUCUCCAAUGUAAUAAUUUAGCAUCUGAUGUAAUGGCUAUGCGUGCCUAUUGUGCCAUGAGGAACCCAAAAAAUUUUGUUUUGCAAGUCAAGAAUGACGUUGUUGUUGGUGCUAAACUUUCUGUUGCAAGAGCUAUAGUGGAAUUUGAAGAAAAAAAAGCUGUUGAAGAACCAGAGAAAGAAAAAUGUCUCAAGAACCUAAAUUCACAUAUAAAGUCACAUUUUAAAACAGAAGCAUUUCAUAAGACUACAAAAUAUGCCUGGCAGCAAAUUUCCUGUGAUGAGGACUACAACAUUCAGAAGGAAAAAGAUGAGCAGUUUUUUGAAGAUGCAGAGUUAUUCAAAAAAUACAGGCAUCAGCCAAAAUUGGCUAAAGAAUUCCAGAAAGCACACCAUCAACUCUUUGAAUUUAAAAAUGGGAAGAUCAUCAACUGCAGUUGUCCAAAUCUCGUAUUGGGUGUGGAGAAUACUGACCUUCAUUCUGGUACUGAAGUGGUUUUGUUGGAAAAGAAGUAUGAUGAUGUCAAGCAACAUUGGGUAUGGAAAGAGGAAAGCAGGUCCUUUCAUCUUGCAAUUGAUCCAGAUCUAGUGCUCACAGUAUCAAUGCCCACUGUACUGAAUGGAUGUCCAAAAUUUCCACUGGAAAUACAAGGGUAUCCUAUUAUCCUUCAGAAAUACAGACCACAUAAUUAUGGAGCUGCCAACCAAAAAUGGAACUUCACCGAAACAAAAGUUUUUAGUGCCUUUUAUAGCACAAUAUUGGAUAUGGAAAUCACAGCAGCAAACUAUGCUUCUAUUUGCACCUUUACCAUAACCAAGACAGAAAAAAUUGACCAACCAGGCUACUAUUUUCUUUCACCUUGUGGAAAGAAAAAAAUAAUGAUAUGUUUGGCUUGUGGAAGGACCAUCAGAGGAAAGAAAGAACUGAAAAAAUUGCUCCCUGGUACUAUAUUUUCCUGUGCUUCUGGAUUCCAGGACAGAAAUAAUUUACCCUUUUGUCCUUUUAAAUGCCUUGAUGUUAAUAAGAUUGAUUUAUUCUCUGAUAAAGCUGAAUCCACCCUGCAUUAUUUUGAAGAUGUUCUAGCAUCCUUAAAAAAUGAAACCUCCUUACAAGUCAUCUCAGAAAAGAUAUCUGCAGCUCUAGACCAAAAAACAGUAAAAAUAAUUGCAUACAAAAAUGGAGAUGGAUACCGAAAUGGGCAACUAAUUGUUGCUCACACAUUCCCGAGGUUGCUUUCAUUAUGUACAAGACGUCUUGAACUUAGCAGGACAGCUUGCAAGCUGUAUAACAGUGAAGGGACCCUGAUCCUCACACUGCAGGAUUUAGUCUUGUGUGCAGUAAACGAUUACCUCAAAAAGCAAGAAACUGAAGAAAGAGAUGAAGAAGCCAUUUCUGAUAAUGGCCUUAAACAAAUUGCAUCUGUGUUUUCAAGGGAAGAUAAGGAUAAGAACAUCAACUUUACAUCAUCAGUGAUAACACCAGAUAUUGAUCAUUUGGUGCUCAGCAACGUUCUUAGAAAUCCAGUUGAGGUCUGGGUUUCCAGCGGAGAACCUUUUCUACCUUUGGAUACUUUGGAAAACAUAGAAAGGCAAGAAAAACAGAAGUGGCUAGAAAAAGAUAAAAUUCUGGCAGACCUUAAUGCAAUGAAACAUAAAAUGAGACAACUGCAAGGACGCCGUAUAACAAAAUAUAAAGCUGCUGAUUUGGUGCCCACUAAGAGCCCUUUCCAGCCUGUGGUAGUAGAAGGAGGCUGGACAGAAGAAACUCAAGAAGAGAUGAAACUCAUGGAAACUAUACAACAUACAGAGAUGCACCUUUCAGAGCUUCAAGCACUGCAGUUCCAAAGAAGUUCUCCCUUUUCUCCUAAAUUACUUGCCAAAAAUGACAAGGGUCUCUACAGUCAGCCCACAACCAAAAGAGUGUGGGCUUACCCAAAUGGAAAUAGACCUGACAAGGGAGCACAUGCGUGGGGAAAAUCUAUGACAGAGCUACUUGACAGUUGUACAACUCAUCUAAAAAUGUCACAGCCUGCAAAGAUACUAUAUACACCUGAUGGAUACCAGCUGCAGUCGUGGGAUGAAAUAGAGAGGGACAUGAUGGUUUGUGUUUCCACAGGACAUGUCUUUAUGAGCCAAAAAGCUGUACAGCAUGAAAUAGAAAUUAGAGCUCAUUAUGCAAGAAUUCGGAAGCAGCAAGGUCCAGAAUCUACCAGCAUUGUUGUUUCACCAUCAACUAAAGUUAUAGACAAGGUUGUAUCACAAUACAUUGUAUAA